AUGAAUGGUAGUGGAGGUCGUUCUCGUGAUGGUCCAGUUGAAACCACUUUAUAUGAUUUACUUAAUGUCAAGCCAAGUGCUACAACCGAUGAAAUAAAGAAGGCUUAUAAACAUCUAGCAAAAGAAUAUCAUCCUGAUAAAAACCCUGCACAUGGUGAAAAGUUCAAGGAAAUUUCUUUUGCUUAUGAAGUUCUAAGUAAUCCUGAGCGGCGUGAGUUGUAUAAUGAGCAUGGAAUGGAUGGCGUUAAACGUGGUGGAGGUGGUAAUUUCGCAGGAGCCGAAGAUCUUUUUGCAAAUCUUUUUGAUGGUCAUGAUCAUCCUUUUGCUUCAUUUUUCGGUGGAGGUAUGUCUCGUCGCGCACGCCGUGGACAAGAUUUAACUCAUCCUCUAAAGGUGACAUUGGAGGAUUUGUACAAUGGCAAAACUUCUAAAUUGCAGCUUCAGCGGCGAAUCAUAUGCAAUGCUUGUAAUGGAAAGGGUGGUAAAGGUUCCAAUUACACUUGUGAGGGGUGUCAUGGUAAUGGCGUGAAAAAAAUAAUGAAGGUGAUUGGACCUAAUAUGUUGCAGUCAAUGCAAGUUAAUUGCCCUGAUUGCAGUGGAAGUGGAUAUAAAAUACCUGAGAAAGAACGAUGUAAAACUUGUCAAGGAAAGAGAACUGUAAAAGAGAAACGUGUUUUACAAGUUCAUGUAAGACCAGGAAUGUAUCAUGAACAAAAGAUUGUCUUUCGGGGAGAAUCUGAUCAAGAACCCGGAGUGGAGCCAGGAGACGUUAUAAUUAUACUUGUCGUUGCAGAACAUGAAGUUUUCCAAAGGGAAGGCGAUGACCUUAUCAUGCACAAGAAAAUAUCUUUGAAUGAAGCACUGUGCGGAUUUAGUACAAUUGUCCAGCACUUAAAUGGCCAGAACAUUAUUAUAGCCUCUCAUCCUUCAGAAAUAAUUCAACCAGAUAUGGUCAAAUGCAUACCAAAUUUGGGCAUGCCGAACCAGCGCCAUCCUGAGUUGUAUGGAUUGCUUAUCGUAAAAUUUGAGGUGGAAUUUCCAGAAAACAAUUUUCUGUCUGAUGUGGCUGAUUAUAGCCUUUUGGAGCAUUUGCUUGGUGGUCGUAAAUGGUCGGCUCCAUUGCCUGAAGGAGAAGAUGUCGAAGAAGUUUCAUUAAUGCCUUACGAUGAACAUCGUUAUGAGAGUAAAGGGUAUGGUGGAAAUCAUCGCCAGGCCUAUGAUGAGGAUGAAGAUGAUGAAAUGACUGGUAACACUCAAAACGUACAAUGUGCAAAUUCGUGA